GCCCCCCCGUCAUUUUUUUCCCUUCCACCAUUCCCACAUCUCCCUCGCCUUCCUCCUCUCGCGUCGUCCUCGUCCACGCCUCCUCCGGUUGCGGUUCUAGGGUUGGUUCGUUGGUGUCGCCUUCGAAGGGGGUGGGUUCCUCCAUGACCGCAGCCGACGCCGAGGCGUGCGCGGUCGCCGCGGCGGCCGACAUCAUCUGCUCGCUCCGCGCGGCAGACCUCGACGGGUGGACGCCGCCAUGGAGAACGGCUGCUGCGAAGGGGAAGGAGGUGGUGGUGGUGGGGGAGGAGGAGGAGCUGGCGUGGCCGACGGUGGCGCGGGGGAAGCGGUCGCGGUCACGUCGCCGCUCGCCUUCUGGUUCGGGGUCGGCGGCGACGAAGGGGAGGUGGGCCCGGGGUAGCCCGGCUUCUCCCCUGGACUACAGCGGCGCGUCGACGAGCGGCGGCGAGGACGGGGCCUUCUGCUCGCCGCCGGUGACGGUGACGGCGGCGGCGGCUGCGACGACAACGACGACUGCGCCCGCGGAGACGCCUACCCCAUCUCCGGCCAAGGUGGGCCCUGCCGGACGGCGCCAGCUGAUCCUACCGACCCCGCCGCCCCGGCCUGCCGGACAGCGACCACGGAAGAAGAUGAGGUUGCCGGAGAUCCAGCAGCUGGUGCGGUCGCUGACGGUGGAGAACGAUGGCCUUCGCGAGGAGAUGGUAGCGUUGCAGAGAGCUUGCACGGUGUUGUUCAAGGAAAACAGCAAACUAGAGACAAGGUUAGAGGAAUCAAGCAAGCGAAAUGGAAUAAAAUCCGAGGGGCAGCAAGCUUUGCCGCAGCAUGAUCAGCACGCUGCUAAUCAGGAUGAUCAAAAUGGCUUCGUGCUGCCUGACCUCAACCUUCCAGCGCAGGACAUGGCUGAUGGAACAACAGCUCCUUGAUGCAUGAAGGGCUCCAGAUUAUUACCACCGCGUCGCUAACCAGACAAAUGCUUAACUGUAUAUAGAGGAAGCUGGCUACAAGGGGCUCUGAUUUCUCAUGCAAGACAAAGCUAAAUAUGAGGGGAUAUACUUACCUGCUUGUUUGAUAAAUUGUUCAGAUUUAGAGUUUAGCACCACUGUGAUACCGAUCCUACUGUCGGACUAAUGCCGUUUUAGGAGCAGAACGGAGGAUCAGUUUUACCUUUCCUUGUCUGAUAAAGUUAUAUACUAGUUUUUAUUUACCCUGGCUUUGUGUCUCAAUGAGGCAGAGGGAGAUUUACUUGUAGUAAUACAAGUUCCAGACAGUGUAGCUUGGUUGUUCAUCUAAACGAUGUAAGUUAGGAAAAACUCUCUCGGUGUUCUUUUGUUUAUUCUGUUAAAUGUUGCAACUUGAGAAUUUUGGUGUUUGUCGAAGUUUUUUUAUUUCUCUGUUUUUUUCACAUAGCUAGUUACAAAUUGGAUGCAACUGUAACAGCACAUUCAUAUGAGUAAGGAUAUAAUAACAGUUACU